UCCUAGCAAUCUAGCCAAGUCUUCAACACCUGCUAUCAUGACUCGAUUCUUCUGCUGCGGAAACUAUUUCCCAGGAUAUCCUUGCUAUGGUACCAACUGGCACAGAGGCUUCAGAGCCACUCCCUUAAACUGUGUUGUGCCACUGGGAUCUCCCCUGAACUAUGGACAAGGUUGCAAUGGCUACAGUUCACUAGGGUAUGGCUUUGGUGGUAGCAACUACAGCAACCUGGGUUGUGGUUAUGGAGGCAGCUAUUGUAGACCAUGGGGCUCUGGCUCUGGCUAUGGCUACAGCACCUAUUGAAGACAUGAAGACAGCCAACAGAGUGAACAAUUUUAAUAUCAACUGCAUAAUCUAUCCAGGAAGAGAUUCCAGGAAGUGUUGAAAGGAUCAGAUUUUAUCUACUGCUCACUAACAUUUUGCCAGAUUAUCAGCUAUGGCUUAGCACUUUGAUGCUCCUGAGAACCCAGCUCUUGAGACCUCAAAGUUCCUUCACCUGAGCUAAAACUCAUUUAAAAUCAUAUGAUGACUUUCAUUUAUCCUGAAUGUUAACAAUGAAACAAGUAUUUCACUUCAAGUUUGCUCUGUGAUUUUGUUUCUGUACUUCUGCCUAGAUGUAUUUCAAGUCGGGAAUGAGAAGGGUGUUGGGGACUUAGCUUAUUAAUAAAACUGCUGCAUUUGAAAUACCA